AUGGAUACUAGCAGUCCAGAGUUCCAGGAGGCACUGCGAGACCAUGCAAGAAGUCUUGGCGUUGACCCGGAUUCAGAAAACUACCUGCUGCCGCUUGUGCAAGAGGCAUUACUGGCUGAACUACCACCAGACUGGGAACAGGGCGAGACUGAAGACGGCACACUCUACUACUUCAAUUCAAGCUCGGGGGAAAGCAUUUGGGAGCAUCCUCUGGACGCUCACUACCGAGAACUCAUUCAGGCCAAAAAGGAGGAACACGCUGCUCAAACGACUGCGCCUAUUCCCGAAACACAGGUCGACACCAAGAGCUCGAACACCACUACAGUAACUAGCAACGUCGAUGUGUACAGCUUUGAUGACGUCAGUGACGAGGAAACACCAGCGCCUAUUGCCUCUGCUCCAGUGUUCAACAAGUCUAGAAUCAGCGACCUCUUUUCCACGCCAACGCAGUCCACUCCAUCAUGGAAAACCGGCAAUACCACUAACGCUUCUAUUGAUUCAACUCCUGCAGUGGCACAAACGACUCCGUCGGCCACGGGAUUUGGUUUUGGUCGUGAUCGAUCCUGGCUUCUCGACAACGAUGACGACGUAGCUCCAAUUGCGAUUAAACCAUUGCCGACUUCAUUACAGAAGCAGGAUACAACGACUUCGAACUCAGUAGACACGAGUUCUUCACGCUUGGAACCAUUUAGCUCUCGACGAUCUGGAGUCGUGACAUCCGCCGCAGUCACUUCAACACCACCGAUAGAUGCUGCGACUCCGUUGCCCAGUAGUCAAACUUCAAACCAACCGCCCAGUAAACAAUCGACUACUGUUACAGCAUCAGCACCUUCGCCUACAACGAUAGCGAAAAAUCAACAGCUAGAGAAGAAACUGGCCGAUGCAAAUAAUGAUCUAGAACGUGAGCGAGUUGCCCAUUCCGAGACCACAAAAAAACUCCAAACGGCCCAGCAAGAAGCUAAAGAGAGCAACUAUCUCAAGAUGAAAGUGAACGAGCUCAAGACCAAACUCUCCGAACAAGAGACUGCAGCCUCUACACGCGAAAAGCAACAACUUGAUAAACUAGUCGAACAGGAGAGCACUGCGUCAGCACGAGAGAAGCAGCUGGCGGAUAAACUUGCCAACCUGGAGGCUGAAAAUGCUCGUCUCAUCAAGCAACAGGGCCAAACGCAAAGUCAACAAAUGGAGACUCAGCAGAAAGAAGCUCAGCAAAACCGAGAAGCUCUCAACAGUAAACAAGCGGAACUUGAGCGUCUUCAACAGCGUCUUACGGAGCAGGAACAACAGGCUAAAGGAGCUGCAGAUACGUAUGAGAAAACGAAAACUGAAUUUCAACAAAAACUUGAUCAACAACUGGCGUCAACUGAAACGUUAAGCCGUCAACAUGCCACUGAAGUGGUAACACUGCGUGAACAACUUGAAAAGCUCGAGCAACAGAAUCGUACGUUAAAAUCUACAGUUGAUGAACAGACCACAAAGUGCGAACAACUCGAGAAGCUUCAUCAGGAACUGAAGAGCACAGCAGGUGACCAAGCUACACAAUCGGAGCAACUUGAGAAACUUCAACAGGAACUUCGGGCGUUGAAAAGUACAGCAGAUGAACAAGCUGCAAAAUGCCAACAGCUCGGAACUGUGCAAGAAGCGUUGGCUAAACAGGAGAAACUAACUCAAGAAAUGGACGAGAAGAACCGUGUUUUACAGACCCAAAUUGAUCGUCUUCAGCGAGAAAGCACAGAGAUGAACAGGAAGCACGACGUAUUAAACCAAGAUCUUGAAGCCAAGAAAGCUGAACACAACACUCUACAGACUGUUUUAAACAGAACGCAAGACGAGCUUCGUCGAGUCCAGGAAGAGCUUCGUAAGGCUCAGGACGAGAACCGAACAAUCAAUAGCAGCUUCGAGCAGCAGAAGCACCAGCAGCAGUUGGCUAUUGACCGAGAACGCAUCACUGCUGAUGCUGAAGCACAGGCUCAGUCCCGUAUCCAGAGGCUUCAAACGCAGCUCAACGUACAGCUAGACGAACAAACUGCUGCCAAGACCAGACUCCAGUCUGAAGUUAUUGAGCUUCGAGGCGAGCUGGCCAGUGUGCAGGCUCAGGAAGUGAAGCCGCUCGAGAAACAGCGCGACCAGCUUCACCGUGAAGUCGAUCGUCUCGCUGAGCGCGUUUCAGCGCUCGAGAAGGAGCUGCGCUCUGCCAAACAGGAGCUGUCGGCACAGACGGAUAGAGCGAACCAACUGGAGCUCGAAGUUGACGUGCUGGUGCGUCGGGAACAGCAGCGAAAAGCACAGACCGAAGCGCUCACUACAGCCAAACACACAGCCGAGAAACAGCUCGCAGCACUGCAAGAUGAACUGCUCACUGCACAGCACGACAGACGCGUAGAUACCGACAAACUGAGCUUCCGAGUGCGUGAACUAGAGAGUCAAGUGACGCAGAAAGACUACGAAGCGGCGCGAUUGGAGGAACGGUUCGCUAAAGCCGAAGCGUGGCGUGCAAAGGAAGCUGCGCGUGUGGAGAAGCGCGAUGCUCAGCUCAUGGAGUUACGCGAGCAGAUCACAGCGCUACAGGCGCGUCAUGUUGAGGUUGAGACCAGCGCAGAGAUCCAGGAACUGCGUGCGGCCAAGCAGAAGGCGGAGCUGACGCUGCAGAAGCUCGAACGCGAACUGAGUGACGAACGGGACGCUCGCAAACGCGACGAGAUCCGACGGACAGAGGAACUACAGCGUAUGCAACAGGCAGUAGAAUGGCAACUCCCGCAACUGGCACAGGCUUGUGUCACGCGAUCUAGUGACGAGUGGGCGAGGAAGUGCCGCGCUGUGGCCAAGAAGCUACGUGACGAGCUUAGUAUGCGUGCGUUAAAAGACCGUAACGACCUUGUAGCUAGAGAACAGCAAGCACAUGAAGCCUGUGAACGAGCUGAACAGAAGCUCAAGACUGCGGUUGCUGAGAGCGAGUUCUUGAGACGCGAAGUGGGGCGUCUAGAGGACAAUAAUAAGGUGUUGCUCGAGCAACUUCACACUAUCCGGGUGUAUCUAAUGCAGCGACCGAUGCCUUGUCAAGUGGCCGGUGUGGGUUCGCCACCAUGGACGCAACCUCCGCACUCAGUGCCACCGUCUGCUCCGACAGGGAGCGCUUCGGUUCCGAUAAACUUUAGUGACUUGUCCACAGUCAGCCAGCUGAACACGCAGCUCGGUAUUUUACAUGCGCAGUUCCAGCAGCUUUUUGAUUCGAAUGAGCGACGUCCAUCGUCCAUGUCGUUCUCUCCCAGUGACCGCUUCGAGUUCCCAGUGUCUCCUGUAGGAAGAGCUCCUGGGACUCCAAAACAAUCGUUCAGUAACGAUCAGAUGAAGCGAAAAGAAGAGGAAGAAGAUGCGGAGACUGAGCGAAUUGCAAUGGAAGCGUUGAUGGACCAGAAGAUCGCGAGUGGGAGCACUCCGUCAGCGUAUCAACGGCAGCAGGAGGAAUUGCUGACGACGCUCGAGUCUCUGGGAGGGUCCAAUCCGCGGUGGUUACCAGUGUACCAGUCUCCAGGACAUGGGCCACUCGACAGCAUGGAUGAAGACAGCGGUGACCACGAGCCGCACUCCACGUUGUGGUAUCAGCAGGAUUAUUGGCGCAGCAAGUACCAAUGA